GUCGGCUGCCCACAAAGUGAGAAAUCAACCAAAACCUCAAUUUAGCCAGUCUUUGGAACUUGCAUCACCAAACACACCCAAAGAACGGCACCGUACAUCGUCGUCAAAAUGGUCAACAUUCCCAAGACCCGCAACACCUACUGCAAGGGCAAGGAGUGCCGCAAGCACACCCAGCACAAGGUCACCCAGUACAAGGCUGGCAAGGCCUCCCUGUUCGCCCAGGGUAAGCGACGAUACGACCGCAAGCAGUCCGGUUAUGGUGGUCAGACCAAGCCUGUCUUCCACAAGAAGGCCAAGACCACCAAGAAGGUUGUUCUGCGAUUGGAGUGUGUCAAGUGCAAGACCAAGCUCCAGCUGGCGCUGAAGCGAUGCAAGCACUUCGAGCUUGGUGGUGACAAGAAGACGAAGGGUGCUGCUCUGGUGUUCUAAGUGCUUUGUGUUUGGGGUCUCAGGGUCACCAUUUCUAUGCUUACCUCGGCGGCAUUUGGGCAUCAUGGAUGGACACAGGCGAAAGGAGGUACACGCCCUCGAUUUGAGGCAUGUUUCAUAGGGAACGAAUGAAAAAAAACUCUCUGUGUUGCACCAACACGAAUUUUCUGAAGCAAAGCAUAAUAAAGUGCGUUGAUGGUGAUGAACCAUUUUCAAGGGUUGAGCCAUUACCCCUCAACGUCAAGCGGGAUAGGGCCCGUGAGUCAUGGUCAUGGUUGAGAAAGCUUCAAAACAGCAACGAUGUAUCGGUCUAUAGGUAUAAAGCUCUGAUGCUAUUCUAAAACCCUUCACCCAGCAUUAUAGUCUUCCCGCCUCCAUACCAGAGUGUGCCAUUUCGUGCAUCCAGUCCUCUCUCAUGACCGACUAGCCACUCGCCAGCAUUAUACUCGGAGUCAGGAUUAUCCCAGACCUCCUUCUCUAGCCAUGCAUUGACCUCAUCAAUAGCCUUAACCCAGGCUGCCCUUUUGUCUGGCGUGUCAUGGUCAUCGUGAUUCAGAUAGCGUCCAAGCGUGAUGUGCGCACUGGGAACUUGAUAUCUUGACCCAACAACUACGCCGCUUUCCUGCACCUUGUCGUACACGUCGCGACGCAGAUGGUGAUAUGUGUAAUCGUCUCCCUGCGUGAUCCCCUCUGUGACAACAGGUUCGGUGAGAGGAGGGGAGAGUGCUGCUUCACCUGACGCAGGAAGGAACGAGAGGGCAAAAGCAGACAAAUCAUAAGAAACCAUGGGCUUGACAAGGCGAGACCUGUGAUGAUAUGGGUAGUUCACAAUGUCAGGGAUAGCUGGCCUCAGAGUCGCUACAAAGGCAGCAAUCUCCUGGGGUGUUUUGGAGAAUGCAACCUCGAGGGUUGUCAAAUGCAUCCUAUGUGAAGGCAUAAGCCAGACACCUUUUUAACGGUCAGUAUAUGCCAGUUGACUAUGGAGCUGAAUCCCCUCACUAG